CUAGAAUAUAUAUAUUAUAAUUAAUAUAGAUUUAGAUCUAUAAGUAUAAGUGAGGAUUUUUUUUAAAGAUACAGAUACUCAUCAAUCAUACUGUAACUGAGAUAGAUAAGGCCAGAGACGCCAGAGUUUGAGACUAUUGAGAAUUUAAAGAAAUUGUUGAUUGUUUUAACUUCCUUAUUGAUGUAGUGAAAAAUGUCUAUUCAGAUAAAAAAAGAGCCCACAGGAUCUGGCAUCUCUAGUGGAUUGCUGGAUAUCAAAAAAGAGCCUGGCUCCAGCAGUCAAAAUGCUUCCAAUACCAGAGCAGUUUUAGUCAGCAAAAUUAAAAUGAACUUGAUGCAAGCAUGGAGAGAGAGGUGGACAGAAAUACAGUGGGCCAUUCAACUGAAGAAAUUAAUGGCAGCAUAUUGUACAGAAAAUGUUGAUGUUGCAGAAAUUUUGAUGCAACAAGCUCUUGUUGGGAGCAGUCCAAAUUCACUGAUCCUGUCAUACCUAAAGCAUGGUGUUUUAUCACAGAUGAUUCCAUACCAUACAGUUUUAAAGUAUAUCACAGAGUUUGAUGAUUUCUCAAGACCUUAUUGUAUCUUGGCGCUUCUACAUCUGGCAGAAAUGUUUGGUUCAAAGAUAAGUUUAAGCCCAUGUCAAGACUCUCCUUUGCAAUUAGUUCGAACUAUUUUGAGCCUGAUACACUGGCAAGUGAAGGCUUUGUACAUCUGUCUCCAGCGAAUUCAGGAAAACAAAAGCACUGUGGCUGCAGAAUAUUUUGUAAUUAUGGAUAAUGCUAGUCGUGCCAUCAUUAAUAUUUUGGAUCGCAAGGCUGUCAGGAGUCUCAUGCAGAUUGCCAAGACAGAUAGUCCAGAUGCAUACAGAGAGUUUGAGCAAUGUGAGAUGAAUGUUGGCGGUACAAUUAGUCAGUUGCCAAGUAACUCACAGCUGGGUGACACCCGGGAGAAAAUAAACUCUGCCCUUUUACAGCUUUCAAAACUUAAUGACAUGGCACCAAGCUUGGAACCAGUUCUAGAAAUCACCAACUCACCCAUAUGUCCAACAAUAAAUUCUCUGGUUGUUUUGGAGGCCAUACUCAACUCCAGUAGUGACAUUCAGCCUUUUGUGGAUCAAGUCUUGGUUGUCUCAAGACUCAUGAAACUGCCCAUGCCACAGCUUUGUUUAGAAAUAUUCCGUGUUUGUUUCAUGGGCUUUGUGGACACCAAUGACUUUUCGGAAGAUCUUCAGUGGGCCACAUUUGCUUUCCUCAAGGUCCCGCACAUUCUGAAUGCAAUAAAGGAGAAGAUGCCUGAUUGGGACAUGAGCUCCCACGUGGAGAGAGGGCUGGACAUGUUACUGGAGUUCUCUCAUCUGCUGGAUCAGACAGAUAUUAAACAAAAUUUUGACAUGCUGGUUCAGUUUAUCACAGAACUUCAGAAAGCAAACAUCAUCACAGAAUCACAGAAAACAUCUCUCUGUAUGAAAAGAUCUGAACAAAGAAGUCGUUUGCGUCCAUCAGACAUAUCUGGUUCCAACGAGGGCAAAAAUCUUAGCAGAGUGACACAUGCAGAAGCCACAGUAACCAGCAUUUUAAAGGGAAGUGCUACACUAGAUAGGAUGUUGAAGUCGCUAGAUUCAGAUCCACACAGAAACUCUGAGUCCAUGAUCAAGGUGCUGACCAUCAUGCUUCAGGGGCACAGCUUUGAUAUUCUUCGGUUGGCUGCUGCAAGCACAGGAAGGCUGCAUGAUUUUAUGUCUAAACUUAUCAGGAUAAAUGAACUUGCAUCACAGACAACUAGUGAAUCUCUGAAGAUCCCAAACAGAAAUCAACUUUUUGAUGUCACAUUUCUUAUGAUCAUUAGCAUAUUUCAACAAAAUGGCCUAGGGAUUGCUUUAUCUAACAAAGAAAAUGAGUAUGCCCUUGUGGUCCAGUGGGCCAAACGCUGGCUUCCAGAGGAAGGAAAAUAUAAAAAUGUGGAGUUUAUUGAGGAGCAGGACAAAGUAGACGCUAUUUUAAACCUUAUGCUCAGCAGUGCUGAAAUUAUUCCCUGUGGACAAAUUGCCAGCUGGAAGGAGAUGAUUAUGUAUUUGCCUUAUGCACUGCAAGAAAUUCUCUUUGCUGUAGAGCACAUGGCCCUCAAUCUGGAAAAAGUCAAGAUGAUUAUUGACCACAUAAGGAAACAGAACAUCAAGAGUCUUCUAUUAGUAUGUACAACCUAUCUAUGUAGCUACAUGAACAUAGUAGGUGCAGCUGCCAGGGUGAAGCCACUGAAAAUGUUGGAGUUUUUUACAAUAUCCUUAGGAAUAGACACUAAACAACCCAUUCAAGCCAUCAUUGACAACAUCAUCUAUGACAUACUUCCUGAGGGCCAUCCCCAAAGACCAAUCAGACGCUACCAGCUGUCCAGCAAGAAGUUGACCAGUGAGAUCAUGAAUGAGACCCUCAAAGAUUCGUUCCAUCGAGGCUGGCUGAACAUGGCUUCUUUACACACUCUGGAACAGCUGUUGGUCUUGAGAGGUCCUGACUGGUUCUGUGCUGAGAUGGUGGAGCACUUGUUGAAACAGAACCACACAGAUGAUGCCACUCAGUCUCUUAGUCUAGCCUUUGCUAUCAUGCACAUGGACUUGGAACGCAUGACCAUCAGUCUGUUAAGGCGUGUGUUGCCCAGCCUACUGACGACACCACAGAACAGUCUGCUGACUGACCCUAGAGGAUACUGUCUAGCCAAGCUUUGUGUCCUUAGCAUCACAGCCACUCACAUGUCCAAGAUAGGACAGAAAGAGCCAUAUGUCAGAAGACGGCACAAGCGCCUGAUAACAGAAGUAGACAUGGAUGAUGACUUUGAUGAUGGAGACACACCUCCAGCUAAACUUCGCAAGCUAUCAGAGCCACAACUCAGUUUGAGCAUGGAAGAUUUUAACUUAGCUGCCCUGGCAGAUAAAGAGGAUGGAGAAGUAUUACCUUCUUUAGACAUGAAGGACCCAUUGAAUAAAGCUUUAGUCAAUUUGUUUCAACUGAUGAACACUAUAUUGAUGAACAAAACUCUUUCUUCAAGAACUUGGUUUAUUGUCUCCAUCAUUCAAGAAGCUAUAAAAUGUGGGGGCACACAUUCUUCUUUUAUAUUCCAGUUCAUGCCACAAAACAUGCUGAACCAAGUCAUGCGAAGCUUGCCUGGUGUUUUCUCUGAUGAACAUAUACUUCGAAUCUGUGACCUGAGCACACUCUCUGGCAGAAAGAUGGCUGCCAAAGCUAUUUGUAACAAUGCACAGAUACCACAACUGAAUCUCUUUGAUUAAAAAAUUAAAUGUUGACUAAUUGAAUGUUUCUUAUUAAGAACAAGAAUCAUUAUUAAAAACUAUAUUACUAGUUUAAGAAUCAACUUUAAGUUAAUCUUAUUUAUAUAUUUGAAUGAGGUUGCAGAAUGAAUAUAACAUUUGUACCAGGCUUGCAUUUGCUUUAGAUUGAGAGUUUUAAAACAAGAAAAACAUUUUUAAAGUUUAAAAAAGACAGUACCUCCAACAUUAAACUUCAGAUAUUAUAAAAUAUUUUUUAAUUUUUGGUUCAACUCUGGUAUUGAACCCGUGACAUCAUCAGCUGCUAGAAAAUAUGCAUUACCUGAUUCGGCCUGCAAGGAAGGCAUAUUUUUCAAUUAUUUAUUGGUAUGUUCAUUAUAUGGACAUCUAGAUCUAACACUAGACCUAAAGUUCUGAUUUAGAUAUCUAGUCUAAAUUAGAUUUACAUAAAUUAUAAGCAAUGCUUAUAAACUUCAAUAAAAUUGAAGCAACUUUAAAUUUACUGUUAUACAGUAAUAUGGCUGACUAUGCCAUGUUGGCUCAGACCUAGAUAUAGUCUCCAGCAAAAUAUAUUUUUGAAAAAUUAUGUCAAACUAGAGUUUUCCCCAUGUGGCCAACAAGCUAGUAAUACUUAUCUCAGCGAAAUACAUCAACUGUUAAAUUUCUAGGAAAAUAAUUCAUUUGAGAUCAGCGUUUAUGAUCCAUGAAGUUCUGACUUAAAUAGUUUUUGUUGUUACAAAUUGUAUUAAUAAAUUUAAAUCUAUCACAUGUACAAA